AUGCCUGCCUCGCGUCGCGGAAGUGGUAGCUUCACGCUAACUACAGGUCAGACAAUCGCCAUCCAUACCCGGACGCAAGAUGAGGAAGACCUCCCGCAUGCAACUAAAAAGACGAUGGCCGACCAUUUGAGAAAAUACGAGAGUUUGUUCACACUCACACCGCAGAGGAUGCGGAUGAUUGUCGAGGCCUUUACUGAGACACUGGAACUUGGCUUGAACAAGCCCAACCAGAUUGUACCUAUGAUUCCGACGUACGUGUUUGGAUGGCCAACAGGUCAGGAGAAAGGAGAUUUCCUCGCUCUUGAUCUCGGUGGAACGAAUUUGCGUGUCUGUCUUGUGACCCUUCAGGGAGAGGGAAAAUUCGAGAUUUCCCAAACCAAAUAUCGUUUGUCUGAGGAGCAAAAACAAGAUGAUGGCCAGAAAUUGUUCGAUUUCUGUGCUGAAUGUUUGCAUACCUUUGUCGAAACCAAUACGGGCGAGGGCGCGGGCCAACUGAAGCCUGGUCAAUCCCUACCUCUUGGCUUUACCUUCUCCUAUCCUUGCUCGCAGGAACGCAUUGACCACGGCGAGCUCAUCCGCUGGACCAAAGGUUUUGGAGCUGGAAACACGGAGGGCAGGGACGUUGCCGAGAUGUUCAAGAAGUCCCUCGAAAAAUACCAAUUGCCCAUCAAACUGACCGCUCUUAUCAAUGAUACGACUGGAACGUUAAUCGCAUCACACUAUGUGAAUCCUAAGACGAAGAUCGCGGUUAUCUUCGGAACUGGUUGUAACGCGGCUUAUAUGGAGCGCGUCAAGGAUAUUGCCAAAAUAGAGCAUUUGGGUAUCGAUCAUGGAGCUGAGAUGGCGAUCAAUUGUGAAUGGGGCGCGUUUGAUUCAUUCGAACAUGAGCAUCUGCCUCGCACGAAAUACGACACGAUCGUUGAUGAUACUUCAAAUAAGCCUGGUGAACAGGCGUUCGAAAAACUCAUUUCUGGCCGGUACUUGGGCGAGAUUCUGCGACUAGUUCUUUGUGAGCUCAUCGACGAAGGUGUUCUUUUCCUGGGACAGAACACUUACAAACUCGAGAAACCAUACUGUUUCGACACCGCGUUUUUGUCUCUUAUGGAGAGUGACCCAACGGACGAACUUCUCAUGGUUAUCGGAAUCUUCACACACUUCUUCGCCCUCGAGACGACGCUCGCGGAACGGCAGUUCUUCCGGGCUCUUGCGAAGCUCAUUGGAAGACGUGCGGCUCGUUUGAGCUCCUGUGGUAUUGCUGCAAUCGUCAACAAGAUGGGUUAUCUCGAGGAAGGCUGUUCGGUCGGGGCCGAUGGCUCCUUGUACAACAAAUACCCUGGGUUUGCCGAUCGUGUGCACGAAGGUUUGCAGGACAUUUUCGGCGAUAAGGGACGCAACAUCGUCACGCAUCACGCCGAGGAUGGUAGCGGUGUAGGCAGUGCGAUUAUUGCAGCCAUGACGAAGCACAGGAAGGAUGCCGGGUUGUACCUUAAUGUCUGA